GUAAAAAUGACUAUAAAUAUACAGUAUAAUUUCACACGAAAUUUGAUGAUUAAGAUUAUAAUCACGUGAUAGCUACUUUUUUGCUUUUUUUGUAUAUUUCGUUGAGGGCGUAUUUUACUUUCGUCAAGAAACGUAAAUUUAUAAAUACCUUAAUUUCUCUGUUAUUUUUUAUAACAUUCACAAUGUCUGAUAAUAUCGAAGAUUCAAACGAGUGGAUUGAUUGGAUUGAAAAAUCCAUUUCUAAAAAAUAUAUUAAAUAUUAUGAAUACGAUCAUUUUUAUAAUAUUAAAGAGAUUGGUUCCGAUAGUAUUGGAAAAUUUUAUCGUGCAAAUUGGAAAAAUUCUAAUAAAUAUUUUGUAUUAAGAUCAUUUUUUAAUUUUAAUGAUACAAUCACUAAAGAAUUAGUUCACGAGCUUAAACUUCAUCGGGUAGUUGGAUUUCAUGAAAAUAUUCUUCACGUUUAUGGUGUUACAACUUACGAUGAAGAUCGAAAUGAUCAAUACUUGUUUGUACUGGAAUACGCUGACGGUGGUACUCUCCAGAACUAUUUAAAAGAAAAUUUUCUCGAUCUUACUUGGAGUGAUAAAUUAAACUUGGCACUUCAACUGUCCUAUGCUGUAUCAUGUUUACACGAUGAGGAAAUUAUACACCUGGAUUUACACUCCAAAAAUAUAAUGGUUCAUCAAAAUAUCGUCAAAUUGGCUGAUCUUGGAUUGACAAAAAGAAUCGAGGAAGGGUUUAAGCUUCAAUCAAAAUUAUUUGGAAUAAUUCCUUACGUUGAUCCAAAAAGAUUUAGUAGACAAAAGAAUAAUAAUAAAACACGAUACCCAUUAAACAAAAAAAGUGACGUUUACAGUAUCGGUAUGCUCCUGUGGGAAAUUUCUAGCGGACAACCACCUUUUUAUACUGACGAUGAACUGUAUGACAUUGAUUUAGCCGUAGAAAUUUCACAAGGUUUAAGAGAAAAGGUUGUUCCAAAUACCCCCUCAGAUUAUUCUAAUUUAUAUACCGAGUGUUGGAAUAGUGAACCAGUUUUUCGUCCAACAAUGAAAAAAGUAGUUGAAAGACUAAAAUUAAUGAUAUCAACUAAUCAACCGGCAAGCCACCCAUGCUAUGGAACGCGAGUAGAAACAAAUGGCCAACAGAGUAAUGACAGUUUCCUUCAACCACCAAGCGAACAACAGUCAAGCACUAUAAAUUUAUUUGAUAAAAAAUUCGACAUAAUUGUUGAUGAAAUCAUUAAUCUUAUAUCUGAAAAUCUAAAUAAAGGAAAAGCGGGAAAGUUAAUAAUAAAACGUGUUUUAGACUAUCUAGAUAAUCAUGAUACUAAUGAAGUUUAUGAAUGGCUGUUAUUGAACCAGAAUAAUAUAAAAUCUAUUUUUUUACUUGGUUAUUUUUAUUAUUAUGGAAUUAUUAUUACAAGCGUAAAUUAUGAAAAAGCAUUCAACUUAUUCAUUAUUUCAUCAGAAAAAAACCAUUUAUUAUCACAACAUUAUGUUGGAAUAUGUUAUGAAUUUGGAAAUGGAACUAUGAAAAAUGAAAGUAUGGCUUUCGAGUAUUAUAAAAAAAUAGCAAAUCAGGAUUGUAUUGUAGCAGAGUUUAAAGUUGGUUAUUUUUAUGAUAAAGGAAUAGGAACUGAAAGAGAUGAAAAGCAAGCUGUUUAUUGGUAUAAAAAGGCUGCGAGUAAUGGACAUUUCGUAGCUAUGCAUAAUCUUGGUCUUUGUUAUAAAAAUGAAAAAGGUGUUGAAAGAAAUUAUAAUAAAGCUAUUAGAUUAUUUAAAAAAUCAGCUGAAGGGAAAGAUACAGAUGGAAUGACAAUGUUAGGUUAUUGUUAUAGUAAUGGAAUUGGAACUGAUAUUAAUAAACAAAAGGCGUUUAAAUUAUAUCAAAAAGCUGCUAAUUUAGGAAAUAUUAUAGCACAAUAUAAUCUUGCGAUCAUAUAUGAAGAUGUUAAAGAUAUUGAUCAGGCGAUUUAUUGGUUUGAAAAGUCUGCAAAUCAAGGAAAUCAAAAAGCACAAAAUAAGUUAGAAAGUCUAUUAAAUACUAAGAAUGUAAGAAGUAAUAAUAAAGUAUCUACUAAGAAUGUAAGAAGUAAAGAAAAAGUAUCUACAUGGCUAGAAAUUGAAUAUUCAGAUUAAGAUACUAAUGUAUAUAAUUUUACGUAUAUUAAUUUCAUUAAAACAUUAAAUAAUAGUAUUUUCAAUUACCUUAUCGUUUAAUAGUACGUAGUAGGUUGUAGGACUUUGUAAUUAACAUAAAUGAUGAGGAUAUAAUAAACUUUAUUUAUUAAUUGACAAUUAAUAUAUUGAUAUAGAAUUUUAAUUUUAUUGAAAAUAUACUACCAAAAUAUUGCAACUAUUUACAAUAUAUAGGAUAAAUAUUAUAAGCGCAAAAAUGGCGCAGUCACGAAUUUUAGACAUCGUUUAGAUGCACAAUAUAAAAGUAGGC